UAUCACGUGAUGACGUCAUCCUCUAGGAUCGUGCCAUCGGCGUUUGGAGCUCGUCCGACCUGAACCGACCUGAACGAACCUUCGUUGACUAAACAACGGCAAAUCACAUUUUAUCUCAAUCUUCGAAAGAAAAUAUCCGGGAUCUUGAGUCUUUUCUUUCUCUACCACUCAAUUGAUUCUCUAUACACAUCCAUUUCUUCCACCCAAUCCUCUUAUUCCUCUUUACCACAUGAAAAUGUUUGCCAGAUCUGCAUUCCGCGCGGCCCAGCCGUUGAAGCGGAACCUUAUCUCCCGUAGCUACGCUACCGAACCCGCCAAGGGCGGAUCCUCCAACACCCUCCUCUACACCCUCGGCGCUGUAGGCGUAGCGGGCGCCGGUUACUACUUCUUCGCAUCGCCCUCGGCGAAGGAUUCGGUCGCAGCUAAGGCUAAGGAGGCAGCCAGCGGCCCACCAAAGAAGGCUUUCACGGGCGGCGACCAAGGCUUCAUUUCUCUGUUGUUGAAGGAUGUCCAAAUUAUCAACCACAACACUAAGAAGUUCAUCUUCCAUCUACCCGAGGAUGACCAGGUGUCGGGUAUGGCAGUCGCCAGCGCGCUCCUAACUAAAUACCAAUACGAGGGACAAAAGCCCGUUGUGCGACCGUACACUCCUACAAGUGACGAGGAUACCAAGGGCUUCAUUGAGCUCGUAGUCAAGAAAUACCCCAAUGGCCCCAUGUCGACACAUCUCCACGACAUGGUUCCGGGCCAGCGCCUCGACUUCAAGGGCCCUCUCCCGAAAUACCCGUGGACAGCCAACAAGCACGACCACAUUGCGCUAAUCGCCGGUGGUACGGGUAUCACGCCCAUGUACCAGCUUGCCCGCGCCAUCUUCAAGAACCCAGAUGACAAGACUAAGGUUACGCUAGUCUUUGGUAACGUCUCUGAAGAGGACAUCCUGUUGAAGCGCGAGUUCGAGGACCUCGAGAAUACGUACCCCAACCGCUUCCGAGCUUUCUACGUCCUCGAUUCCCCGCCCAAGGAGUGGACUGGCGCCAAGGGCUACAUCACCAAGGACCUUCUCAAGACAGUCCUCCCCGAGCCCAAAAACGAAAACAUCAAGGUCUUCGUCUGCGGUCCCCCGGGUCUGUACAAGGCCAUCUCUGGCACCAAAGUCAGCCCGACGGACCAGGGAGAGCUCUCCGGUAUCCUUAAGGAGUUGGGAUACUCCAAGGACCAGGUUUACAAGUUCUAAGUUUUGCCUUGCCUAAAGCACACGAAAGAGCAAGAUUGGGCGAGAGCGCGGUUAUAGACUAACUGGUGUCGGCGCGAGAGGCGUCGGCUUUGCUUUUUCGUUCUCGCUUGUAUCCGCUGCAGCGAGUUGAUCUGGUUGAUUAGGUAUCUAGACUCUUGCGUGGAAUAGAUGGGGAAUUGCCCCUUAGCAACUCGCAUUACCUGUACUUUGUAGCUUGAUCCUGUGUAGCUUAACACUACACGGGUUUGAUUACCGAAAGACUCUUCACGACA